GAAUUCCUACUACGUAUGGCUGUCAAUCUCUUCUCAUUCUUUCCGCCAUCCAGUUCCUCCAACAGUUUUCAUCGGGUACAUCAAUAGAACAUCUUCCAUAGCUGGCAUGCGUACGGAAGCAUAAACAUGGCAACAACACCUGUUUCCACGGAUCUUGGGCCAGUAACGGCCAGCGUCACGGCCACUCUUUUCGACGUCAUUGCCACUUCAAUCUCUUCAGUCUCGGUCGGCGAAACACCCUAUGAAACACAAACUCUAGCUGGGUCAAAUGACACUACCCUGUUUGAUGGAGGUAUGGGAAUGCCAGACACGGCAUCCGGGGAUAGCGAGGGAAGCUACAUUCUAAAUACAUUUAUUGGCCUUUUUAUAGUCCUUGCAUCCUCCGUAUUCAAUGCCCUAGGGUUGAAUAUGACCAAAUUAGAUCAUGUGAGGCAGCAAAGCAUUCCAAAAGGGCAGAGGAAGAAGGAAUACUUGCGGUUGCUUUGGUUAUCGGGAAUGGGAAUGUACAUAGCUUCACAAGUUUUUGGAUCGCCAUUAGCACUUCGCUACCUUCGUCCUGACUGGGUCGCGCCCUUGGGCUCGUCAUCCCUCGUUUUCAACUUUCUCUUCGCCUACUGGCUUGUCGGUACUCCGGUCACUACUUCUGAUAUAAGAGGAACGGCAGUGAUCAUACUGGGUGUCAUUCUGAUUAUCGUCUUUUCCAGUAUCAAUCAUGGGCUGCAGCAAAGUCUUAGUAUCGAGCGCUUGAAUUCACUCUGGUCCCGACCUGCUUGGCUAGCCUAUUUCAUCGUGGUUGUACUUUUCACCGCCAGUGCCUACAUUGUAUCCCUACUGCUCCAGUCACUGCUCUCAUCCCGUGCAUCCUUCUCCCCCCUUGCGUCACCGUCCCUCGAGCUCCCCGUCUCCAGGUCAUCAUCACCUAAUCCCUUUGUAAAGACGUACAGGAAACUGACAGGUAAUUGGGGAAAGUUUGAGAGAUUUGCAGUAGGGAAAUUGGAAGUCAUUUUCCAAAGGACAGAUGAUGUCAAGGUGACUUGGUUGCAAGGGAUUGGGUGGGCGGUGGCUGGUGGAAGUUUGGCAGGGCUAUGUCUUGUGUUUACAAAGGCGGUAGUCAAGAUCAUGUGGCUACCUGGACAUCCGCUUGUACAUCCCUCGGCUUUGAUCAGUCUUUUGCUUGUCAUCUUAACGGCUGUGUUGCAGAUCGUUUGUCUGAAUAGGGCAAUCGUCUGCGCUGAUACUGUUGUUGUGGUGCCUCUUUUCUACGCCGGUUACACUGUCUUCGGUUUUGUCAACUCUUUAAUAUUCUACGACGAAAUCAAGCAGUACGCACGCUGGGUGCUGAUUGUCGUUUUCCUCUCUAUCGCCGUUCUCAUCUCUGGAGUUGUUCUCCUUUCUCUUAAAUCAUCGGCCAACACUUCAUCCGACCCGUAUACGGUCUCAACACAACCAACAGGUAGUAUGCGCCUACGGCCACGUGCACCCAAAUCUGAAACGAUUGCUGAAACUGAAAAUGACGAGGCGGGCCCAUCAGCUUAUCGCAAAGAGGAAGAUGAUGAGGAGUACGAAGGGGUUUCUGGGCCAAGGGAUGUGCUUUGGGAAGUGGGCAGUGUGAGCGACCAUUCAGGGGAUGAUGGACACGAUGCUGAAGAGGAAGGAACGGGGAGAGGUGUUGGCGGAGUGAAAGGAGGUACGGGCGAAAGAAGAGGUUUAUUGGGAGAAGAAGAGCAGGACGUUCACGAAGGAGAGGAUAAAGAAGGCGCAGCAGGAAAUCCGUUUGAAGAGGGAGAUGACGGGUUUGGGGAGUACGAAGGGGUUAACGUGGAGGAAGAGCAAAGUACAGAACACAGAUAGCA